AUGGACGUUGCCUCAAAAGACGCCAAAAGCCAGCCCCCGCUCGUACCCGCAUCUACGCAGCUUAAACACAUGCCCGAUGUAGUGGUCCUCAACAUCUUCGACAUGCUCCUCGACGAUGAUGACGUUGCUGGUUAUCUUGAGAGGGUCGAAGAAGGCUACGACGUCAGGAAGGAGUGCAGCCCGGAUUGUAGGCACAGCAGAGGAGUGCAAAAUGCCACCAAUUUGGCCAGAGUUUGCAUGUGGUUCUACAAUAUCGUUUGGUACAUCACCUGCUCAAAUUUGGCGCCGAUGUCCAGCAAAAAACCGACCUGGACUUCUAUCACUAAUUCGACCGCGACCCAAUACAGGAAGUGGAUACAUCGAAGCUCAGCCCCAAGCCGAGAACCAUUACCUUUACCAAUGGGCGCCAACCCGCUGUUCUUCGCCUUGAGAGGCAGUUUUGACAGCGAUAAUCGUGAUUCAUGGGAGGCAACGUCUACAAGAUACUGCAGAUCCGGUACUGGCUCUUUCGUAGCCAACGACGCAAGUGGCUCACGUCUCGAGACUGUCAAGGCUUUGAUCGAGGCCGGGUCAUCUCUGGUCACUUGCGAGAAAGACAAAGUUCAUGCCCUACACCAAGCCUGUGCCUACCGAGACCUUGACGUGGCUCAGUUUCUGCUGGACGAAGUAGGAGUUGAUCCAAAUACUGAGGAUUCAAAAGGCAAUACACCUCUUCACUACAUGGCUGCUAAUCAUCAGUAUGACCCAAGUUAUAACCCAUGUUAUUACAGGAUUGAUAAAAGCCAUGGGCCCAGACGACGAAUACAAGACAUUGUGAACCUACUCAUCGAUAAAGGUUCAAAUCUCGAUUCCAAGAACAUCGACGGGAGAACUCCCACAGACUGCGGCUUUACGAUUUAUUAG